AUGGAUCUUUCCGGUCUUAAAGGCAACGCCAAGCCCAGUGAGAUUGACAGAAAGGGAGUGGCUCUCUACCUGGAGGACAAACCAGUUUCUGUCUGCCUGAGGUGUGUCCACCAACCAGCCCUACCCAGCCGACACUCUUCCCUACAUCCACCACUCUGUCAGGUGCAGCUCACCUCACACCUUCUUCUCCUCUUCCUCCUCUGCGCGCCGAAGAAGAGAAUGCCUGUGCAGUCCACUCUGUCCGGCAAGAACUCGGACUCCAACCAGGUGGUGAGCAGUCAGUGGGACGGGAAGUCGUUUGAGCAGCUCAGGCAGGAGUGUCUCCAGAAGGGGGUUCUGUUCGAGGACCCGGACUUCCCCGCAGCUGAUGCCUCGCUCUUCUUCAGCCAGAGCGUUCCUGUCCAGAUCGAAUGGAAGAGGCCGAAGGAGAUAUGUCAAAACCCAAAGUUCAUCGUCGGUGGUGCGGACAGGACCGAUAUUUGCCAAGGCCAGCUCGGGGACUGUUGGCUCCUAGCAGCCAUCGCCUCAUUAACUAUCAAGAAAGAAGCUCUGGCUCGAGUUGUUCCCCACGAUCAAGACUUCGACCGUGGAUACGCCGGCAUCUUUCACUUCCAGUUCUGGCAACAUAACAAAUGGCUGGACGUGGUGGUGGACGACCGGCUGCCGACGGUGAGAAACCGGCUCAUCAUGCUUCACUCCGCCUCCAACGACGAGUUCUGGAGCGCCUUGCUGGAGAAAGCCUACGCCAAAGUUCACGGCAGCUACGAGUCCCUGAAAGGCGGCAGCACCAUGGAGGCCAUGGAGGACUUCACCGGUGGAGUUGGAGAGAUGUAUGAAACCAAGAGCGCCCCAGACGACCUGUUCGCAAUCAUGAAGAAGGCCUUGGACAGAGGAUCCAUGAUGGGAUGCUCCAUUGAUAUCACCAGCUCAGCAGAGUCUGAAGCCAGGACCAGCACAGGCCUUGUGAAAGGUCACGCAUACUCCAUUACCGGCCUGGAAGAGGUGCAUUUCCGAGGCCAGAAAGUGAAGUUGAUUCGAAUCAGAAACCCCUGGGGUCAAGUCGAGUGGAACGGCCGCUGGAGUGACAAUUCCAGAGAGUGGGAUUAUGUCGACAAAGCAGAAAAGACACGAAUCCUGCAGAAUUCAACCGAGGACGGUGAAUUUUGGAUGGAGUUUGAGGACUUCAAGAGGAACUAUGAUAAGGUGGAGAUCUGCAACAUGAGCCCCGACGCCCUGGAUGACGACACGAAACGCCACUGGGAGGUCAACGUUUUCGAGGGGAACUGGAUCCGUGGCUCCACCGCCGGGGGCUGCAGGAACUACAUUGACACGUUUUGGACCAACCCUCAGUUCAAGCUGCACCUGGAGGAUGCUGAUGAUGACGAUGACGUCUGCAGCGUGGUGAUUGCUCUCAUGCAGAAGAACAGACGGAAGCUCAGGAAGGAAGGCCUGGACCUGGAAACCAUCGGCUUCGCAGUCUAUGAGGCUCCGGACGAAGAGGACCAGGUGGGGAAGGACUUCUUCCGCUACCACCCGUCCAAGGUGCGCAGCAGGACGUACAUCAACAUGCGGGAAGUGUCGGAGCGCUUCACUCUGCCGCCAGGGAAAUACCUGCUGGUCCCCACCACCUUCCAGCCGCACCAAGAGGCCGACUUCAUCAUCCGCAUCUUCUCUGAGAAAAAGGCCGAAGCCAUAGAGAUGGGGACCAAUGUGGACGCAGAUUUACCAGAGCCACCGAUGCCCAGCGCUCCAGAGGAGGAGACGGAGGAAGAGAAAGGCCUGAGGAGGCUGUUUGACCAGCUGGCCGGUUCGGAUAAAGCAAUCUGUGUGAUGGAGCUUCAGGAGAUGCUGAACGGUGUUCUCAGCAGACGAAAAGAGAUUAAGUUUGAUGGCCUGAGUCUCAGCACCUGCCACAGCAUCAUCAACCUGAUGGACGUGGACAACACAGGAAAGAUGGAGUUCCAGGAGUUUAAGGUGUUUUGGGACAAGAUGAAGAAAUGGAUCAUGCUCUUCCUGUCCUUUGACACGGACCGGUCAGGAAAAAUGUCUUCCUAUGAGCUUCGCACGGCUCUUACAGCCGCUGGUAUGAACCUGAACAACCAGCUGCUGCAGCUGAUUGGCUUGAGGUUCGCAGACGAUAACUAUGAGAUCGACUUUGAUGACUACCUCACCUGCAUCGUCCGCCUGGAGAACAUGUUCAGAGUUUUCCAGGCUCUGGAUGAACACAAAAGGGGAAGAGUAAGAAUGAACAUGAUGCAGUUCCUUUUGUUGUCGAUGAAUGUCUGAGAAAGAGGUGGACGCAAACUGGAGGAGGAGCAGAAAGCAGUGAUGAAUGCCUCCAUGUUACUUUUUUGUACUUUAAAAUCUUUAUCUGUCCAGUUUACAAGCCGCUGAUUUAAUGAGUAUUGUGAAACGCUUCCUGCACCAAAGUAUUCAGUUGGUUAAGCUUUGAAUUUUGCUGCCUUUUCUUCACUCAACAGCUGAAUGCAAACAAAAUGUUAAUAAAAAGAUCUAAAUGUUAUAAA